GCUUAAGAUGAUUCUACUCUAUGAGCUGCAAAAGCGUUUGGCCAACCUAAGGCCCACUACCACGAUUGUAACUACAGCCACCGGCACCCGUUAUAUUGAACGGCGCAGAUCCUCCACCGGCGAAAAUCUUCCGGAACAGCUGGAAGCCCGCCAAUAUGGCUUCAUCGUCGAUUCAAAGCCUGAUGCAGUUCCUGCGUGCAUCUUAAGUGAAUUCCUCUACUUAGGCUCUCAGGACGCCGUCAGCUCAGAGAACGUUUUGAAGUAUAAGUUAACGCACAUCCUAAGCGUAGGUAUUGAAACUCCCAAUGUCGAGUUACCGCCUAGUGUUAAGUGCAAGUAUUUGCCCUGCCUCGAUGUGCCCGAGACAAAUAUCCUGCAAUACGUGUUACCCGUCGCCAUUGAGUUUAUAGAAGAGGCGCAGGCAGCGAAGGGUUGUGUCCUUGUCCAUUGCAAUGCAGGUGUAUCACGCUCUGCAUCAGUGGUCAUUGGUUAUCUUAUGAAGCAGCGUGACAUGCAUUUUGAGGAUGCCUACAAUCUGGUCAAAUCGUGGCGUCCUUGUAUACAGCCAAACGCCGGAUUUAUACAGCAGCUGAAGAAAUUUCAUAAAGCAUAAAUAUCAACUAACAAU